UGGAGAAAGGGGGCAGUUCAAAUUGGAUAAAAAAAGGCGUAAUUGUGUGCGGGGUGGCCGAGUAUCAUCGCCAAAGGGCGCUUGAAAGGUUCUUGGUUGUAUGUCAGUUACUAUUUUUAUCUGCAAAAUUCCGUGACGUGCGUGUGAAGCUCGCUAUUGGUUUGGGGGUUCAGGUUUGAAUCAGAAUCACGUCAACGUACACCGUUUAUGAGAGGCAGCGACUUGCCACUAUUAUGUGGCGAUUUUUGCUUCUUUGGGCCAUUUUUAUGUUGAUUUGUGAUCUUCCCUACAGGAGUACUGCAACUCAACUGAAAUCCUGAAUAAGUGGACUUCAUGAAUCAAUUUCAAACAUUUCUUUGUGUUCAAGUUCAAGUUAUGUUUAAAUCUUUGCCUGUGCCUGCACAAUUUGAAUUUAUAAGGGAAAAUGUUUGGAUAAAUCUUGCCAUUUCUUUAAUUUACUCUCUUGCUUUUGGUUUAAGUUUAAAAUACAAAGUAAACACAUUGAUACAACAGUAAGGCAUAAAUAUGCAUGCAUUCUAGUUUGUUGUAGUGUUUCAGAAUUUCAACUGAAGGAUUUUGAUUUUUUAUGUCUUAGUUAGUUCAGCAAUACUAUUCAUUAUUUUUGAUUCUCUAUUUACCUUUCUGGUGAAGUGACUACGUGAGGGCCUGCUGUCGCAGGACUUAAGACCGACCACAGUUGGCAGCGACGAUCAUGUCCCAGGAGGAGAAACAGCCACUGCUGGCCGGCGGGGCCGGAGGGGGGCCGCCCUCAGGCCCUGAGGGCAGUGGCACAUCAGAGUACUGCAGCCUUGAUGACUCGCAGCAGGGAGAUGAGGUGCAGACCGGGCCCCGUCCGGUGGACCACGCGCCUGCCGUGCGCGCUGCAGACGGCACACUGACGGUGGCCUGUCGGAUCUGUAAGGCCACUCUCGACCUGAGCGGCCGCAUGGAGCAACACGUGGUCAAGUGCCACGAGUGCCACGAGGCCACGCCGGUAAGGACCGCGCCGCCGGGCAAAAAGUACGUGCGCUGUCCGUGCAACUGCCUGCUGAUUUGCCGCGCCUCGAGUCUGCGCAUCGCCUGUCCGCGGCCCAACUGCAAGCGCGUCAUCAACCUGCCGGCACCCAACACUGCCCAGAGCAGCGCGCCCAUGGUUCCGGGCAUGUGUCGCAUCAUCUGUGCCUACUGCCGCGACACCUUCCUGUUUAACGCGCUGAGCGGGAAACUGGCCCGCUGUCCGCGCUGUCGCAAAGUCUCCUCGGUCGGCACCUACGGUCGGCGGCGCGGCGGAGCUUUCCUCGUGGCCGGGCUCAUCCUGCUGGCCAUCGCGCUCGGAGUCACCUUCGGCACGUUCGAAUUCGCCAAGAGCUCGCCCGGCGUCUACGUGGUCUAUGUUGGCGCGUUUCUGGCGGCCGUGGUGCUGGUUCUGCGCGCCAUCUACUAUUUCACACUGCGUACCAGCGAGAUCGACCACCAGGCGUGAGCGCCAUCUCUGCGCACCACCUGCAACUACAGCUUCAAAUGGCGGCCGCCCCCGAGCGGCGGCGCGCUAGCGCGAGACGUGUAUAUUCCAAUGAGCGGCUGGCUGACUGAGGGCAUGUAUAGGCGUGUGCUGGCUGUGGCGCCCUCAGAGCCGCUCUGUAUGUCGCGGCGCGUGGUGUAUAGGUAAUGCUCGUGCCGGCGACGUGCACUGUACCGCGGCGGCACCGGCCGGCGGCCCGCGGCCAGGGAGGCUGCUUACACCGGGGCGGCGAAGCCCGGUCUAUCAUACACAAUCGAUUAUCGGACCGUAUUGUACAUGUAGGCGCACGUGUGUCGGCCAGCCCGUGUGAGAGUGGGUGGGCGCGGAGUGGACGGACGGCGCCGCUGUAGGCUCGUCUGACGUCGGCGGGUCUCUGGCCGCUCUGCUCUGAGCGUUCUGUGCUCUGCUCCGCGCCCCACUGAUCUGAGAGCUGUAUAUAGAGACGGGCCCUUUCUGCCGACCAUAGACGACACUCUGCUGCUUUUGCUGCCUCGGGAGACAGCGCUACGAGGCGCUCCUGUCGGGUACCGCUCCGUCAUGAAUUCACUGACACCAGACACAUAUUGUGAGCACGUGCUGCCUAUAGCUCGGCCGUCACUUGGCCUCUGCUGCUCCGGAGGGCCCCCGGCGUGGGACUGAAGGGGUGUGACCGGGUCAAGGUCACGCCUAGCGAGUGACGUGACGCUGAUCGAGUGACGCGUGUGACGCCGUGACAGUGGCGCUCAGUAUAGAUCACUGGCCGGUGCGUGACGGGUCACCAAUGACAUCACUGAAGUAUGUUACCCUUACUGAUAGGUGCGGUUUAACCUCUCUUGUGUCUAUCACUGGUUGUCUUAUGUUUUGCUUUUUUCUUUCAGUUUACUGCCACCUCUGCAUUUCAAUCAAAUUUCGAUCGUUUGCGUUUUAAUGUUUUAUGACACGUUCCUCUAAAUGUUCGUCUCUACCGUCUUCUUCUUUCCUCGUUUCUUGCCUACCUUCCGCGACAUAUUUUCCAACUCACCAUACCUGCUGGCUUUCUGAGCUCCGUGCCGAGUCGCCGGUGUGACUGUGUGUAUGAACUGACACUUAAGUGAUCCGCGCGCGGGGCGUUCAUUAGCGCUCCGGCGCACACGAACCGCCGGCGCCGGGGUCGGGCUCCCUACCCAGUGUGAACGAACGUGUCUGUGCAGGUGUGCAUGUGAGGGCGGGCAAAUACAUUAUCCUAGAGUU